AUGCGCUCUCGCUGUCCUGCUUUUGUUAUCUAUCUAUCUAUCUAUCUAUCUAUCUAUCUAUCUAUCUAUCUAAAUCAACAUGUUAGUAUCUCAGUUUGCAUCUACCUUUCAAUCUCUCUAUCUCAACACGUUGGUAUCCAUCCAAGUUUCCUCUGUUAUCUAUCUAUCUAUCUAUCUAUCUAUCUAUCUAUCUAUCUAUCUAUCUAUCUAUAUUUUUUCAACAUGUUAUCAUCUCCAGUUGCAGGUAUCUAUCUAUCUAUCUAUCUAUCUAUCUAUCUAUCUAUCUAUCUAUCUAUCUAUCAUUUCAACGUGUUCUUAUCUCACUUUGCAGGCAUUAUCUAUCUAUCUAUCUAUCUAUCUAUCUAUCUAUCUAUCUAUCUAUCUAUCUAUCUAUCUUUUUCAACGUGUUCUUAUCUCAUUUUGCAGGCAUCUAUCUAUCUAUCUAUCUUUUUCAACGCAUCUAUCUAUCUAUCUAUCUUUUUCAACAUGUUCUUAUCUCACUUUUUAGGCAUCUAUCUAUCUAUACGCCGAUAUUUUUCUGUCUUGUAUCUUUUUCAUAUCUGUUUCUCUGCAAAAUUCCUGCGAAGAAGCAAUGUACACAUUUGUUUUCAUCGAUAG